UGGUCGAAACACUUGAUGACGUCUAUCACAAAAUUCCUGGUUAUUAUUGAAAGUAUAACAUCUAAUCAUGUUGCUGGCAAAUAUUCCAUACUCGAUUGUUUUGGAAAUAUCAACGUUGGAUUUUGAUGAUGGAUGGAAAAAAAUUGCUGCUGAAAUAGAUUUAUCUUUCCGGGAGAUCAAAUGUUUAGAAUCUGAUCGUAAUCCAACAGUCUCUCUCCUUCGAAUAUGGGGAUGUCAAAAUGCUACAGUGUUCGACUUAUAUAAAGUGUUACACAAAGUUGGCCGAUAUGAGGAAAUGAAGCAUUUAGAACAAAUCAUACAAGAGGAAAAUAGGCCACUCGCACAUAUUCCUGAAGGUGCACGCUACAUAAAUCCUGAAGAAAUUAAUAAUUUGCAACCUGAUAACAAUGAUGAUUUUGUAGAUGAAAUCAAUCCAAGUGAUUUACCUCGGCCAAGUGAACUGGUACAUGGACAAUAUACAAAUAACUCAACCAACAAUAUAAAUUUAUCAGAUAAUGUUAAAACUUCUGACAUUUGUUCUGGAAAUGCUGCCUGUAACCAGAAAUACCCACCACACUGUUCAGGUGUAAAUCUAAAUACUUUCUCAUCUCUUCAAUCUGGUAUGUCUGCUUUAAUGGUAAAUAUGGAAGAAGUUACUUGUUCUUAUUCAUAUGAAGAAAUUGAAAGUGCCACACAGUCGUUCAGUCAUUGUAUUGGAAGAGGUACUUUUGGAAGUGUUUAUUAUGGGAUUCUGAAGGGCAGUAGAUGUGCUAUAAAGAAAUUAUCUAAGGAUUUAAAUGGUACCAACAAAGCAAUUAAUAUAUUGAAGAAAAAUCCACUUGAUGAAAUGAAAAUACUUCUUCGAUAUCGUCAUGACAAUAUUAUAAAUAUUUAUGGAUAUUGCUUUCAUAAAGAUGAUAUAUACUUUGUAUAUGAGUACAUGGACAAAGGUUCUUUGCAAGACUGUCUAUUAAAUGAUAAUGACUGCUUAAACUGGAUUGAACGACUGACUAUUACAAAAGGAAUUGCAUGUGGCCUGUACUACUUACAUAGCCACAGUGUUCCUGUGAUCCAUGGAGAUAUUAAGAGUUGCAACAUUCUGAUUAAUAAACACAAAGAGGCUAAAAUUGGUGAUUUGGGUUUAGCUGGAUUUUUGACUGAUCAUUCAUCUGAACUUUUGGAUCGUGUAUCCAAACAAAUGAAUCCAAAACUUUUUGGAACUCUAGCUUAUUUGCCACCAGAAUUUGGUACUUCAAAAGGGAAACGUUUCUUAGAAACAGAUAUAUACAGUUUUGGUGUGGUGUUGCUAGAAAUUAUCACAGGAAAAUUAGCUUUUGAUGAUCAAUAUAAAACACUGGUUGAGCAAAUGGAGAGUUCUUUAGAGGAUAAACCAAGAGAAUUAUGGGUUAAAGAAAGUGAUAAAAGAGUUGAAUGCCAGUCAAAUACUUUGAUACCUAACUUAUUUGACAUAGCUUUCAAAUGUGUCUCUGAAAGAAGAAAAGAUCGACCAGCAAUGAGUGAAGUGGUGCAAAAUUUGAACUGUUUGGAAAGGCAUUUCAUAAGAGAUAUCGAAGUUAAUGUUCCAGAAAUGCUUUAUCAAUCAACCAAUGAAUAUUGUCAGUCUAGUUCUUCCAACAGUGAUAACUUUGAUCCAUUUACAAGCUGUGAGCCAUUUAAGCUGCAGCGCAGCUGGGAUGAAAAAAAUAAAAGAAAAGCUGAGACAAUAUCACAUUCUGAGAGUGUAGAAGACAAUUGUGCAAAUGAUAAUGUAGAAUCUCUUCCAGAUGAGGAACUAUGUUCUGAGACUUGCGUAAGCACACAUGUGGAGUCAGUUUUGAAUGAAGAUGCUAAUUUAUGUGAAGAUGAAGAUACUAACAGCAAAACUGAAAGUGAUGAAAUAGGUUAUAAAGAGUUUUCAACAGAUAUAAAAGAUCAAAGGAAGUGCUUUUUCAAGAACUAUGAAGCAAAGAAAUCUAAUUGUUUUCAAGAAAACUAUAAUUGCUCUGAUGAAUGUGGGGUAAAUGCAGAAUAAGUAGUACUUAUUCUUUAAGUUUACAAAAAGCGUGUUAACUGUCAGAAACAAGCUUUGAUUGAUUUGUAAACUCUUUGAAGUCCUCCUGAAGACAAAAGGUAUAAAUCUGGAUUUUAAAAGAUUUUUGGAGUUUCUUGAUCUUGGUUCCCAUGAGUCAGUUAUUCAAAACUGCAGGGUAUGUAACAUUAAGGGCGAUAACACUGGGAAACAUUUUCAAAAAAAUUUUUAGUCGUCUUACUUUUUACAAUUGGUUUUAUUUAAUUUGAUGGUGCUGGGUUCAGAAAUGUCCUCUGAACUUUUUCGUCAUGACAAGUCUUUUUGUUAAACAGGAAUUCAUUUUUUACCGAAAAAAAGUCAAUGUUGCUGCUAAAUGCAGUACUGAAAUACGAAACUAACAUAAACCAAAUAAUACUUUUUAUUAUUUAACAAAUAUAUUACACAAAAUGUUUAAUUGAACAUCUUAUUUUAUUAUAUGAUAUUUCUGUCAAACUGAACUUGGAAUGAUAGUAACACUAAAUCAAGCACAGUGUGGGCAUAUCUGCUGGCAGAUACAACAAAAUCCACAAAUACAGGACAUGUAUGAAGUCAAGGAUCACAGAAAUAUAGUUUAUUAACUAAUUCUAUUAAGGACAUUUCUGACAUCAGCAUGAUGUUUAAAGCUGAUUAAAUUGAAAAUAGUGAAAGUUGCUUGAGUUUGAUGUUUUUUAUUUAUUAAAGAUAGUUAAUUCAUGACUUUCAUAGUAGCAUUUACUUCAAAUGACAUUGAAAAAUUAGGUUUCCAAAGUUAUAUCAUGCUCUAUAGAUGGCUCCACAUUUGAUGAAGCCAAAUCUAUACUUAGAAAUGAUGACAAUAUCAAGAAUGCUGAAAAAUGGACAUUUGAAUUAGUGAAAAACCUUGGUAUGACAGAAAUGGAUUUCAUGUUUUAAAUCAGCACCCCAAAAUUACCAGAAAACUUAUCUCUGACACUAGACUAGACAACAAAAACCAUGUUCCCCAAUGUAAUAGUAAAGUUCAAAAGAGUAACAAUUAAUUUAAAAUUCAAUAACUCUUUAACAAAAUUGAGCUGUCUGAUUGUCAUUUACCUGCAGUUUUAGACAACACAUUGAGUAUUUACUUCACAGUUGGGUAUAUAUCUAUAAGAGACAGAAAUUAUUGGAUAUGUUUUUUUCUGUCUUUCAGUAAGUAAUCCUGUUAACCCAACCCCCUUUUGGUGCCACUGACUUUGGGAUACACUAUAAUAAUGUUAUUUUUAUAUUACAAUUCCUCUACAUUCAAAUUGAAAAAGAAAAAAAAGAAAAAAAAAACAGUGAAAUUUGAGAUACUAUCACAUAAGAUGGAACUCACUUCCUUUCACUCAUACCUUAUGUUUAUAUAUAUAUAUAUAUAUUCAAUCUCAUGGCUUUCAUAGUUUCUAAUCUUUUUACUAAGUCACAAAUUUGUUGAGAAAUUGAAUCAUUCAUUAUAUUACUGGCACCCUUUGUAAGAUUGAUAUCAGAAUGUUAAAAGAUAUACUUAGAUAAUAUAUGGUUUGUGUGUAAAUAUAUUCUUUUACUUGUUUCAACAAGAGGCUGACGCCAUGCUGGAGCACUGCCUUUCGGUGUUUUGGGGUCUCCUUUCCAUAGUGUUUUUCUGGUGGAGAAACGAGUUGGACAAAGCUGCUCUUCUUUGUGCCUCCUGCCGUGAUGUGGGCUCAUCUGGGAUUUCAGACAGAAAUUUGUCCAGGUGUUUUUUGAACGUUUUCACAUCUACACCUUACAGAUCUUGUAGGUCCCUUGGCAGGAUGUUAAACAGUUGUGGUCCCCUGAAACCCAGACUGUUGCAAUACUGGGUCCUUAUCUGAGAUGGUAUCUUUGGUAUUAUGCAGUGCCAUCCAGUUCAGUGGUUGGUUUAGCAUGGCUUUAAACUCCAUUCAUGAAAUUUAAUUGUUACAAAGAAUGGUACUUUUUAAGACUAUUAUUUUUAUACAAAAUAAGUUUAAAAGAGUUAUUUAUAAAUGCCUACUUAAUUUUAAAGAUACUCAUAGGCAUGACACUGGUGCAAUUAUAUUAUAUUUAUAAUAAAAUUGUUAUUGCUCUCCUUUAA